UAGGAGCAAUUCAAUACUAAGAAGCAUAUAUACAUAUCAAACGCAAAACCAAAAGAGAAACAAAUUAAUCAAGGCUGAAAUCAAAUGGGUUCAAGGACACAGCCAGCAGCAUCUGAUCGUGUCUACGAAGACUUUGUACCAUUGUAUGAAUGGGAUAGAAAUGAAAGGCUUGUCAAUGUUAUGCUACCAGGUUUUAGAAGGGAUCAAUUGAAGGUUCAAGUGACCUCAAAGCCCACCCUAAGGCUAAUGGGUGAACGACUGAUAACUGAGAACAGAUGGCGUCGUUUCAAUUUAGAACUGCCCCUCCUUUCUGAUUAUGACACUGACAGUGUCACUGCCAAGUUUGAGGGUGCUAAGCUAUCAAUCAAAUUUGGAGAACUUUCACUGACUAAGCCUAAGGAAACAUUAAUAACUCCUCCAUCACAAAAAAUAGAACAGCAAAAGGCACCUGCCCCAGAAGCAAAGACCAAUGGUGAAGUCUCUGAUCAAAAGACACCACAGAAUAAGGAGGAAACCAACAAAACUGAAACAACUCAUGGCACAGACAAAGGAGCUCAGGAAGCAAAAACUAAUGACUUGAGUGAAACAAAAGAAGCACUAACCCCUACAGCUCCCAAGACUAGGCCUGUUUCAAGAUCCAAAACUAGGCUAAUAGAUUUCGGCCUUGGUUCUGGAUCAAAUCAUGUUGAUGAUCAAGUCAUUGAAGAUUUGGAGGCAGGGAAGAACAAGUGCAAGAGAUUGGUGAAAUGGAUGGUGAUAAUCUACUUGGUUGUGGCCCUUGUGGGACUUGGGGUUUAUUAUGGCAAAAAUGCAUUGACAUCAUACCCUGAAGAAUCAUACUUCCAAGAGCUGUGAGAUUUUCGCCCUCAACUACUACUACUUGUACACGUAAAGAGAAGAACACUGUAUUCGUUUGCGUGUAAAUGCAUGACUUCAAUUUAAAAAUAAAGUAAAAAUGUUUGAUUGAGAUUUCACAAGUAUAAUGGAGCUCAUUGUAAUUGUAUCCCGUUAUAUUUCUAAUACAUUCAUUCAUCUA